CUUCACUCGUUAGCCAUGUUGUUCACUCCGCUCAUUCUUCUCCUCCCCGCCGUCAGUCAUGCCUCUUGGCUUCCCAUCAGGCGAGGACAGGCUUCAAACCCUGAAGACUGUACUGUCACCAGCACUCUUUCCCCUAUCACUGUGACCAGUCUCCAUCCUACCUCCACCUUUGGUCCUCAUGGCUCUGGUGGCUCUGGCUCUGGUCAUGGCCAGGUGACAGGCGGCGGCUCACUCAUCUACACCACUGCCCUUCCUACUUUUGGCCCCAAUGGUCCAGGUGUACAUACUUAUACCAUCACUGCCCCCUGCGCCGCGUCUCACUGCCAGAGACCUGCCUCCACCGAGUGUCCCCCUGGUUUCACUACCACAGCCGUUAUCUGUCACGUCUGUGGCGAGCACCCGGUCACCACUACUUUGACUCUGCCCAUCGAGUCAGCCACAGCUGCUCAGGGGUCUCACGGUGGGGCCGCCAAGGCUGGUUCUACUCUGACUGCGGUUGUUACGGCUGUUAGUCACAAAACUGUCGUGCCCGUUUCUCCUGCUGAGAGUGUGUAUCCGUGGAUUUCUCGCGGUGGUCCUGAAUUGCCCGAUGCUGAGAAACCCUCUCAAGCUACUGGGGGUAAACACGAUGGUGCAGGAAAAGGCGACGAAUUACCCGAUGCCCCUAAGAACACCGGCUCUCCCGAAUCGCCCACUGGUGCGGACACUAGCCCUCACACUGCCACUGUGGAUGCACCUAACGGGGCCUCUGCUGCGCCGGGUAAUGGGGCCGGAGACGGAGAUGGAAAUGAAGGGGGAUCGGAAUCGGCAUCUCCUUCUGACGUCUCCGAUGACGCUAGUCCCUCGGCCGUUGUCGUUACUGGCCACGCACCCGAGACUAAGGUGGCCAGGUCUAUUGUCCUCAAGGCUAUCCUUUUCGCGACUAUGGUCUUAUAUCCUCUCUACGUCUAG